UCCGUAUCGCGUUCCUAGACUUCCCGAAGACUGGAAACGCAAUUCCGUCCUCAGUCUUAUCGAGGGGUCGGUGGACAAGAUCCAUGCGAAUAUAUGAUCUUCUACACCCACAAGUUUCGCAACCAACCUCCGGUAUGGACUACAACGACGAGAUACCAAAUCCUUUCGACGAUGAGCAAUCACGUGGCUACACCGACGAGAAGCUUGCUAAAAUUCAGGCCAAUUAUUAUUGUGGGCUCGCAAGAGUCCAUCUUCGCUCAUUGGAUUUCAGCCACAACCUGACACAACAGAAGCACCGCGAGAUUUCUAAGAAAAACGUGGACCGGCUACGGAACAUCUUCUCGAGGAAUGGAUGCCUUCGGUUGCAAGAGGAAAAUUUCAUCAAUGCCACUGUAGAUGCAGAGUCACUGGGCGACGCGAUGGCGAACGCUAAGAUAACCCAAGCCAGCUUGCUGCAGCUCCGCGCGGGCUCUGAUCUACCACUUCUUUCGUUCAGGCAUCUCCAAUGCUUAUCAGGCGCACACAGGAUUGAGGCCGCAAAAGAGUUUUUAGAUGGCAAUGAUCAGUGGUGGGUUGUACGUCUUUUUAGCAAUAAUACCCCACAGCCGAUUCUUUCCAGAGUGAUAGAGUUGUACUCAAAUGAACAGAAGCCUUCAGACGGUGAUAUCUUCAGGAAAAUCCGACUAUAUCAUCGUGAACGUGACACAACGUCAGAGAAUCUUUGGUGGUCCUAUCUUGAUCACUCGAAGCCUAAAGAUCUAAGCCAGCUACUGAACAAGGAAAGCAUGGCAUCAGCGUUUGACUCGUUGAUAGAGAUACCAGGGUUGUGGGCUGGUGUACGACUUGGCACGCUUCAACGACUCUUAGCCCUCAAAUGCGAUGAGGAAAUGAUUCGAUACUUAAAACACAUAAAAUGGGUUUGGGACGCGAUUCUUUCAUGCGGCAACACAAAGCUAGAUGGUUCCGUUGUUAAUGCGCUCACCGUGGAGAAGCUCGAGUUGUUGUGUCCAAAAUACUCUCAGUCUGACAAAAAGACCAUAUUGCAGUUGAUGGAAGAGAACGUUUUGUUCCCUUCUGUUCGAGAUGCGGAAGUGAGAAGAAAGUUGUUCAUGAACAUCUGUAGCUCACCUGUUCUUAUUCCGUCCCUCCGGACGUUCUUCGAAACGUUGAAGUACCUAGAGCCAAUAUGUGAGGCUAUGAAACAGCUGAUAGGCAAGAAAACGAGGGGUACAAUUCGCCAAAACCUGGCUGACUCUUUCCGUUUGCCUGAAAGGAUGAUCGUACAAAGCAUGGAGAAUUGCUACAUGGAGCUCAAAGUGGUGCCUCCCAAAGCCAUAGCAGGGCAGCUAGCAUACAUCCAACUAUGGGCUUUCUGCGCGCGGCAUUUCAAUACAUUAACCCCAUCUACACCCCGGAAGGAAAGCAAUAGGAGUAAACCUAGUAUACAAGGCCCAAAUCCUGUGCUUUGCCAACGAUUGGCGAAGUUUGCCUUCGACCUCGGCUUCCGAACUUCAGCAGUAGAGCGGCUUAUGGAUGACGAUUCUGCACAGCAACUCGCCAGAGGUUAUCUAGAAAAAGCAAACCCACUCUGUGUGGAUUUUACAGCUGAGCAUAUACAAGCGAUCGUAAACAUUGCCCAGGCUCAAAGUCAAACUUCAGAAGUAUCAGAGACUAUUGACGUAGAACUUGAUGUUUAUAGACGCUGUGGACGGCCAUACGAACUAGACCUUGCCGAUGAUAAGCGCGACCUUUUUUAUACGAAAAUCUAUAGUGCAUCUAGCGCAGAGCGCAUUAAUCUGCUCUUUGUUCGUCAGGAUAUGUUUAAAUCAUUAUUUGGAGAAUUUCAAAUUUCGGAAAGCGAUCUACAGCCGACUACAGGCCCUACGCUCCAUCUACAGUCUGCAAUCGAAUCGCGACGACCAGAACAGGGCGCUAUCACACGUAAACGUCCCAGAAUGGACGAGCAUCAGUCUGAUACAGCUGUUAUUAAAGACCUGGAGAAGCAGCUAAUUACAUUGAGAAAUAAGCUAGCAGCAUCGAAUAAGCAGUGCACAAUGCUCCACAGGGAAAAAAGAGGCAUGAGGGAGCGUCUAGAAGCAAUGGAGCGUGCGCAAGCAGGUCUUGCUUCCGGUGUGUGCGCAGAAGGCACUCCUCCAGAACAAACGGUAGAGGUACAAGCCCUCAACGAUACGUCUAGGAAUAAUGAUGAGAUAGAGAUGGCGGAUGUCAAUGGGAGUGAAGAUGCAUCGACAAGUACAAACGUCCCUGCGGCCAACCUCUCUAGCGCCGUGGGUAUGGCAAACGAAUGGUUACCGUUAGCACAAGAAAAGGCAAUUUCAGACGGCAGAGUUCUGCAACGGUACAAUGAAAACCGCCAAAGUCGUUUGGAUUAUGAGAUUUUCGUGGUCACGAAGGUUGAGGCUGAAAUCAUAUGGGGUUUUAGCCGACUUAUUAAGCGAGACACACCGAUUGAAGAUUUGCAAAGUUGGAUCAAUUAUUGCAACCAAACUACUGGAGGGAAUGAUUGUCUCUACAUGACCAAGGAAGCGAAAUGGCUACCGGCAUCAUCUACUGCUGAAUCGAUCUUGAGAGUGCUCGAAGAGGAAGGCACUUGCUUUAUGGGGUGGAGAAAAAAUUUAGAAUUGUGUGUUGCUAUUUUCGAUAUGCUGUAA